AUGGCCACCGCCACCAUGACUGUGACGGCCGUGCCGACCAAGAAGAAGCCUGACAUGGCUCCCGAGAGCGAGCGCUUCCUACGAUGUUGCGCCGAUGUCGCGAACGCCCUUAUUGAGGACCAUGAGGCCUCAAAGGCUGGCCGUACCACACGCGACAUCAACCUCAACUCGCUACGAAACAAGCUCGCCAAGAAACACAAGCUCAUGAACAUCCCACCUCUGACCGCCAUCAUCGCCUCCAUUCCCGAGCACUACAAGAAGUACAUCCUGCCAAAGCUUAUCGCCAAGCCUAUCCGAACGUCCUCCGGUAUUGCUGUCGUUGCCGUCAUGUGCAAGCCCCAUCGAUGUCCUCAUAUCGCCUACACCGGAAACAUCUGCGUCUAUUGCCCUGGAGGACCUGACUCUGAUUUCGAGUACAGUACACAGUCAUACACUGGCUAUGAACCUACGUCGAUGCGAGCCAUUCGCGCACGAUACGAUCCAUUCGAGCAGGCUCGAGGACGUGUUGAUCAGCUCAAGUCCCUCGGUCAUUCCGUCGACAAGGUCGAGUACAUCAUUAUGGGAGGAACGUUCAUGUCUCUAUCUGAGUCAUACCGAGAGGAAUUCAUUGCCCAGCUUCACAACGCACUCAGCGGAUACCAAACCACCAAUGUCGACGAGGCCGUGGAGGCAGGUGAGAUGAGCAACGUCAAAUGUGUUGGUAUCACAAUCGAGACCCGACCCGAUUAUUGUCUGCAGCCCCAUCUCUCCGACAUGCUGCGAUACGGCUGCACUCGACUCGAGGUUGGUGUACAGUCUUUGUACGAGGAUGUUGCGCGAGACUCCAAUCGAGGACACACCGUCGCAGCCGUCGCCGAGACAUUCUGUCUCGCAAAGGAUGCUGGUUACAAGGUCGUCAGCCACAUGAUGCCUGAUUUGCCUAAUGUUGGUAUGGAGCGCGAUAUCGACCAGUUCAGGGAGUACUUUGAGAACCCUGCUUUCAGAACCGACGGUCUCAAGAUUUACCCCACACUGGUCAUUCGAGGCACAGGUCUAUACGAGCUGUGGCGAACAGGACGAUACCAGAACUACACCCCCAACGGAUUGAUCGACCUUGUCGCAAGAAUCAUGGCUCUGAUCCCUCCCUGGACUCGUAUCUACCGCGUUCAGCGCGAUAUUCCCAUGCCUUUGGUCACAUCUGGCGUCGAGAAUGGUAACCUGCGUGAGUUGGCUUUGGCUCGAAUGAAGGACUUUGGCACAACUUGCCGAGAUGUGCGAACGCGAGAGGUUGGUGUGAACGAGAUCAAGAACAAGAUCCGACCUAACCAGAUCGAGCUGGUUCGAAGAGAUUACGUCGCCAAUGGCGGUUGGGAGACUUUCCUCGCCUACGAAGACCCCAAGCAGGAUAUUCUUGUUGCCCUUCUUCGACUACGAAAGUGUACCGAGAAGUACACUUACCGAGAGGAGCUUAUCGGCCAGCCCACCAGCAUGGUCCGAGAGCUUCACGUCUAUGGCACAGCCGUCCCUGUUCACGCCCGUGAUCCCCGCAAGUUCCAGCACCAGGGUUUCGGUACGCUACUGAUGGAAGAGGCUGAGAGAAUCGCGAUUGAAGAGCACGGCAGCGACAAGAUCAGUGUUAUCUCUGGUGUCGGAGUGAGAAGCUACUACAAGAAGCUUGGUUUCUGGUUGGAUGGACCGUAUAUGAGCAAGUGGCUGGAUGGUCGCGAGCAGCCCGAGUAA